UUUCCUUUACAGGAGGAUUUUUAUGUAUGACAAGGGAAAAUGAACCCCACCAUGAGCGAGGAGCCUGAUGCACUGUCUGUAGUUAAUCAGCUGAGGGAUUUAGCAGCUGAUCCCUUAAACAGGAGAGCCAUUGUCCAGGAUCAGGGAUGUCUACCAGGGCUUAUUUUAUUUUUGGACCACCCCAAUCCUCCAGUUGUCCAUUCAGCCUUGCUUGCUCUCCGCUAUUUGGCUGAAUGUCGUGCAAACAGAGAGAAGAUGAAGAGUGAACUUGGUAUGAUGCUGAGUUUACAAACUGUAAUACAAAAGACCACAACACCCGGGGAGACUAAACUGUUAGCUUCAGAAAUAUAUGACAUUCUUCAGUCUUCCAGUGUGUCUGACAUGGACAAUGUCAAUGAGAUGAAUUCUCGGCGUCGGAAAGCUCAGUUUUUCCUGGGAAGUACAAAUAAGCGCGCUAAAACCGUUGUUUUGCACAUAGAUGGUCUUGAUGAUUCGUCUCGGCGAAACCUGUGUGAAGAGGCCUUGUUGAAAAUUAAAGGGGUUAUCAGCUUUACUUUUCAAAUGGCAGUUCAAAGAUGUGUAGUCCGAAUCAGAUCAGAUCUAAAAGCAGAGGCAUUGGCAACAGCAAUAGCAUCAACCAAAGUUAUGAAAGCCCAGCAAGUGGUGAAAGAUGAAAGGGGAGAAGAGUUGCUGAUUCCAUUCCAAGAUACUCCCGUGGAAGUGGAGCAGAAUACAGACCUCCCGGAAUAUUUGCCAGAAGACGAAAGCCCUUCGAAAGAGCAGGACAAAGCUGUGUCCCGUGUCGGGUCGCACCCGGAAGGUGCCGCCAGCUGGCUAAGCACAGCUGCAAACUUUCUGUCCAGGUCCUUUUACUGGUGACUUGGGAGUUGAAGCCGAAGGACUGCGCAGACCAAC